AUGUUCACAGGUGAAGAGUACCAGACACGCCUUGGCAUCUGGCUCUCCAACAAGCGCCUUGUCCAGGAGCACAAUCGUGCUAACCUCGGCUUCACAGUAGCUCUUAACAAGCUCGCCCACCUUACACCAGCCGAAUACAGAUCCCUCCUUGGCUUCCGCAUGUCCAAGAAGCAAUUCAAGGCUACAGCUUCUAACGCCGUCGCUGCCGACUCUUGCGACUGGCGCCAGCAGGGAAAGGUCAACCCAGUCAAGAACCAGGGCCAAUGCGGCUCAUGCUGGGCUUUCUCCACAGUCCAGGCUCAGGAAUCACAGUAUGCCAUCGCUCACGGCCAACUCCAGUCCCUUUCUGAGCAGAACCUUGUUGACUGCGUUACAGAAUGCUAUGGCUGCAAUGGUGGUCUCAUGACAGCUGCUUACGACUAUGUUAUCAGAAACCAGAAGGGCAAGUUCAUGUUAGAAGAUGACUAUCCAUACACAGCUCGUGAUGGCUCCUGCAAGUUCGAUUCAAAGAAGGGAACAUCAAAUGUUGCUUCCUAUGUUACAGUUAAUGAAGGUGAUGAAAAGGAUCUCGCUAAGAAGGUUUCAACAUUAGGCCCGGCUGCUAUCGCUAUCGAUGCUUCUGCUUGGUCAUUCCAGCUUUACUCCUCUGGCAUUUAUGAUGAAUCCGCUUGCUCCUCUGUCAACCUCGACCACGGUGUUGGCUGCGUUGGCUACGGCACACAAGGCUCAAAGAACUACUGGAUUGUCCGCAACUCAUGGGGCGAAUCUUGGGGUGAGAAGGGCUACAUCCGCAUGAUCAAGGACAAGAACAACCAGUGCGGUGAAGCUACAAUGGCUUGCAUCCCACAGUCUAAGUAA